GUGCGGAUAAGACGCCGGCUGAAGCCUGACGCAGCGCGAUGGCGCUUCCUUUAAGCGGCGUCGCUCCUCCCCGCGUCGCCGCGUCGUUGAAGGACAGGUGGAGGCGGUGGAAGGCGUGGGCGUCGUCGUCGGAGCCGGAGGGGGAGGUGGAGAUCAGGGUCUGCGUCAACCGGACCUGCGGGCGGCAGGGCUCCAGGGACAUCUUGGCGGUUCUGUCCGCCAUCGCGCCGCUGGGCAUCUCCGUCGUCUCCUGUGGCUGCCUCGGCCGGUGCGGCGCCGGCCCCAACCUUGCCGUCCUUCCCCCGGGCGCCCUGAUCGGCCACUGUGGCACAGCCGCCAAGGCCGCCCAGCUCCUGGCGGACCUCUGCGGCCCGGAAUUCGAUCCGCAGAGGAACCUCGAGACGCUCGCUCUAAGAAAGAAGGCGGAGGACGAGUUGGAGAAGGGGAAUGAAGCCGAGGCCGAGUCUCUCCUCUCCCAGGCGAUUGAUCUUAAACCUUCUGGCGGUCUGCAUCUUAUAUACAGAAGCAGGUCUUCUGCAAGAUUAGCAAUGGGAGACGAUGUUGGUGCCCUUGAAGAUGCAAGAGAAUCAUCUCGUUUAGCUCCUAAAUAUCCACAGGCUUAUAUUUGCCAAGGUGAUGUAUUCUUGGCAAUGGAACAAUGGGAGGCUGCUGAGAAAGCAUAUUCAACUGCUUUGCUGCUUGAUCCAUCUAUUCGUCGCUCCAAAUCAUUCAAGGCCCGUGUUGCAAAUCUCCAAGAGAAACUAGUCGCUUUAAAUACUUCAUCUUAGUUCCAGGCUUGGAACAUGCAUGAUCAACUCAACUAAUGAAGGAUCAUGCUUGAUAUAUUGGUAAAAUAAUUGUCUGAGCUUUCGGGAUCCUCUUAGAAGCCGGAUCGGGUUGCUUCUACUAACUAGUCUCAUCAUGAUAAAGCUGUGCAAAGUCUUAAUGUUCACUUAUCACUUGUAUUUAAUCAUCAUGCUGCUUGCUACAUGUGGUCCUGUACAGUGAUAAACCAUUGACAUUGCUUACAAAUUUGAAUUUAAUGGAGACUGGGGCUUGAGUUAUGCUUA